ACUUUGCAUACACAGAACGCAGUUGAGUUGAAAUUUUCAUUAGAGAAAGAUUAUAAGAGAGAGUGAUUGAUAUCUUCAUUUUCCAUACUUUGAAGCAGAGAAGCUACAGGUGGUAUAUUAUUAUAUAGAUAUAGUUCUGUAUAUUGAAAGCUUCGGUCAAUGAGAGGAAUGGUGAAGUUGUGGUUUUUGUUUGCACUGUUGUUUUUGGUAGCAACCGGUUGCUGUUGUGGCAGCGACGUAACGUAUGAUGGAAGAUCUUUGAUCAUUGAUGGACAUCAUAAGAUUCUCUUCUCGGGUUCUAUUCACUAUCCUCGUAGCACUCCAGAGAUGUGGCCAUCUUUAAUAGCUAAGGCAAAAGAAGGAGGGCUAGAUGUGAUACAGACUCUUGUUUUUUGGAACCUCCAUGAGGCCCAACCAGGCCAGUUUGAUUUCAGCGGAAGACGUGAUUUAGUGAGGUUCAUCAAGGAAGUUCAAGCACAAGGCUUAUAUGUGUGCCUUAGGAUUGGACCUUUUAUUGAGGGUGAAUGGGGCUAUGGGGGUCUUCCAUUUUGGUUGCAUGAUGUUCCAGGCAUUGUCUUUAGAUCGGAUAACGAGCCAUUCAAGUUUCAUAUGCAAAGAUAUGCAACAAUCAUAGCAAUCAUGAUGAAAGCAGAGAGGCUAUAUGCUUCACAAGGAGGGCCAAUUAUACUAUCGCAGAUCGAAAAUGAAUAUGGAAUGGUAGAACCAGCUUUUCAUGAGAAAGGGCCCCCAUAUGUCCGUUGGGCUGCAAAAAUGGCUGUGGAUCUUCAAACGGGCGUUCCAUGGGUGAUGUGUAAGCAAGAUGAUGCUCCUGACCCUGUGAUCAAUACAUGUAACGGGAGACGGUGUGGAGAAACAUUUGUAGGACCUAACUCACCAAAUAAGCCAGCAAUAUGGACAGAGAACUGGACUAGUUUCUAUCAAGUAUAUGGUGAAGAUGCAAAAAUAAGGUCAGCUGAAGACAUAGCAUUUCAUGUUGCGCUUUUCGUUGCCAAAAUGAAAGGAAGCUAUGUAAAUUAUUACAUGUAUCAUGGAGGAACAAAUUUUGGAAGAACAGCCUCUGCAUAUGUACUGACAGGUUAUUAUGAUCAAGCUCCUCUAGAUGAGUAUGGUCUGAUUAGGCAACCAAAGUGGGGUCACCUUAAGGAAUUACAUGCUGCAAUAAAGCUAUGCGUAAAGCCUCUAAUUUCUGGAGCAAAUAUCACCAUGAAUUUGGGAGAAGAACAGCAAGCCUAUGUCUUCCAAGAAAGUUCAGAUUGUGCUGCCUUUCUUGUGAACAAAGACAAAAGACAGAAUGUCACUGUCCAUUUCCGAAAUUCGUCUUAUGAAUUACCUCCAUUGUCAAUCAGCAUCCUACCAGAUUGCAAGACUGUAGCCUUCAACACUGCGAAGGUGAGCACUCAAUAUGGUACAAGAUCAAUGGAGCCAAGCCAAAAGUUAUACUCAAUUGAAAAAUGGGAAGAAUAUAAAGAAGUUAUUCCUACUUAUGAUGACACUUCAUUCAGAGCAAAUAUAUUGCUAGAGCAUAUGAAUGCAACCAAGGACGUGUCUGAUUAUCUUUGGUACAAUUUCAGAUUUAAGCAUGAAUCCUCCAACGCUCAAACAUUACUGAAAGUGACCUCACUUGGACAUGUCUUGCUUGCGUUUAUAAAUGAAGCAUUUGUUGCCUCUGCACAUGGAAGUCACUCGAAUAGAAGUUUCACUCUGGAGAAAACGGUUCCUCUGUCUAAUGGAACAAACGAUGUCUCCUUACUUAGUGUAAUGGUUGGAUUGCCGGACUCAGGAGCAUAUCUUGAGAGCAGGGUUGCUGGAUUACGUAGUGUGACCAUUCAAGGUGAACAGGAAUUCAAAGAUUUCAGUAAUUAUUCAUGGGGUUAUCAGGUUGGCCUGUUAGGUGAGAAACUACAAAUUUACACAGAUUUUGGAUCAAGACAAGUUGAAUGGAGGAGGUAUGGAAGCUCUAUUCAUCAACCACUCACAUGGUACAAGACACUAUUCGAUGCACCUCCAGGAAAUGAACCUGUUGCAUUAAAUCUUGUAUCCAUGGGGAAGGGUGAAGCUUGGGUUAAUGGCCAAAGUAUUGGACGAUAUUGGGUUUCUUUCCUUACCCCAAAAGGCGGUCCUUCACAAACAUGGUAUAAUGUACCUCGAUCCUUCCUCAAACCUACUGGUAAUCUAUUAGUUUUGCUAGAAGAACAAAAUGGUUAUCCUCUUGGGAUAUCGGUAGACACUAUAUCAGUCUCAAAAGUAUGCGGUCAAGUGUCCGAUUCGCAUCCGCCACCGGUGGUUUCCUGGAGGGGCCAAAACCAAAGUCUAAAGCACCACAAGAAGCACCAGGGUUGGAGGCCUAAAGUUCGGCUUCGUUGCUCUCCAGGAAGGAACAUUUCCAAGAUUCUAUUUGCAAGCUUUGGAAACCCUUAUGGUGAUUGCGAUAGUUACGCCAUUGGAAGCUGUCACUCAUCUAAUUCUAAAGCCAUUGUAGAUAAGGCUUGCCUCGGGAAGAGGAAAUGUUCUGUCCCCGUUGAGAGCUGGAAGUUUCAUGGGGACCCCUGUCCAGGAAUCUAUAAAGCUUUGUUGGUUGAUGCAGAAUGCACGUGAGAAAGAAAUAAAAAUACUUGCUUUCAGCUUCAGGAUUCAACCAGCAAUUUGUGUUGGUGGGUAUGUACAAGAAAAUAUUUAUUGUCCAUUAUUUGGUAUAAACUUUUCACUUAUUAGUUUAUACGAAUGCUUCAGGAUUUGCUUUCUUUGUUCGUUGA